UUGGCAGACGUGAACUCGAGCCCUCCAGCCGCGGGUGUUGCAGCGCCUGUGUCUGCCUGGAAGGCAACACCCAGGGAUCAUGGUCCAUGAGGCCAGUUUCCGGAAGAUCAUUGUAGCCUUCCUUAAAGAAAGAAAAUGGAAUCCUGAAAUCGUAGUUAGCUAAACAGUCGAGCAAUUCUGAGAGAAUAUUAGAGGAACAAAUUGGAAGUACGAUUACAUUGCUACAAACAUUAUUGAACAGCGGCUGGAUCUUGCUGAAGAUUGGAGAGCAUUCCCUCGACCUCCCUCCCCUCUACAUCAAUGGAAGGGUCUGACAGUCUAGAGCAAAGUGGCAGUGACCAGCCAGAGUCACAACGCAGGAGGCAGCUGGACCGCCUGGACAGGGAGGAGGCCUUCUACCAGUUUGUCAACAAUCUAAGUGAUGAGGACUAUCGUCUCAUGAGGGACAACAAUCUUUUGGGCACCCCGGGAGAGGUGACCGAGGAUGAGCUGUUUAGUAGACUUCAGCAAAUAAAGGAUGGUCCAGAUCAGCACCGCACCAAUGCUCCCAACACUGAAAGUGUAGAAGAUCCAGUUGAACCGCCAGAAAACUCUGAGGAUCCUGCCAAUGGGGACAGUCUCUUAGACUGGCUGAACACAGUGAGGCGCACAGGCAACACAACCAGAACUGGUCAUCGUGGAAACCAGUCAUGGCGGGCCGUGAGCCAGACCAAUCCAAACAGUGGCGAUUUUCGCUUCAGCCUGGAAAUCAGUGUGAAUCGUAAUCUGGCUGAACAGCAGGCAGCGGGGGAAGGGGAGCAGGAGUCCCAAGAAGAGUCUCCAGAGGGUCAAGAAGUGGUGCCGAAUGGUGAUCCCCAGGGGUCUGUUUCGGAACCCGAAACCCAGGUGUCCGGGGUGGAACCCCAGGUUCCCACUGCGGCUCUCCAGGUUCCCACUGCGGAUCCCCAGGUUCCCACUGCGGCUCUCCAGGUUCCCACUGCGGCUCUCCAGGUUCCCACUGCGGCUCUCCAGGUUCCCACUGCGGCUCUCCAGGUUCCCACUGCGGCUCUCCAGGUUCCCACUGCGGAACCCCAGGUGUCCACUGCGGAACCCCAGGUGUCCACUGCGGAACCCCAGGUGUCCACUGCGGAACCCCAGGUGUCUACUGCGGAACCCCAGGUGUCCACUGCGGAACCCCAGGUGUCCACUGCGGAACCCCAGGUGUCUACUGCGGAACCCCAGGUGUCCACUGCGGAACCCCAGGUGUCCACUGCGGAACCCCAGGUGUCUACUGCGGAACCCCAGGUGUCCACUGCGGAACCCCAGGUGUCCACUGCGGAUCCCCAGGUGUCCACUGCGGAUCCCCAGGUGUCCAUUGCGGAUCCCCAACUGAUUAUUGCUGCACCCCAGAUAACCAUUGCCGAUCCCAAUAGGACCAUGAUCGACACACAGUUGUCCAUUGCUGAUCCCGCGGUCCCCAUUGUAGAACCACAGGUGCCCAUGGAGUUAGAAGUAGUGGAAGAACCCAUGGUUGAGGAAUUGGGUGUCAUUUUAGGACCACAGGCUGAAAUACAAGAGGUUUCACAAGAGGUUUUUGGAGAACCACCCUGGUCACCUGUCACCCUAACGGUACAGUCACCGCUUUCCCCUUUACCCCGCAGAGGACAAAGGAGAGCCCGCAGCCGCAGUCCAGAACCUCGCAGGACUAGGGCGCGUACAGCCAGGAGCCGCUCCCCUCUCAAUCUGGAUCAACGUAAUUCAAAUAACGCUCACAGUGCCCAAGGCCUCGACUCUCCCACACAUGUGCCUCAAGUGGAGGGAAGUUCUCGGACUCGACAACAUGUUCCUUCUCGGCAAAGCGCUGCUGACGGUGAUGUUCAGCAAUCUCGUGCGGGUGCAGAAACGGUCCCAGAGCCCGGUAAUGUGGCAUCUCAGGAAGGAGAAGCUGCUGUGGGUGAAGGGGGCGCAGCAGGGCGCCGCCCCCCUACUAUCAUGCUCGAUCUCCAGGUGCGGCGCGUGCGUCCAGGCGAAUAUCGCCAGCGGGACAGCAUUGCCAGCCGAACCCGCUCGCGCUCCCAGAACUCGAACAACACAUUCCUUUAUGAGAGUGAACGUGGUGGAUUUCGUAGGACUUUCUCGCGCUCCGAGCGUGCUGGUGUGAGGACCUACGUCAGCACUAUUCGCAUCCCCAUCCGAAGAAUCUCUGAUGCAGGUUUGGGAGAGGCGACCUCAAUGGCUCUCCAAUCUAUGAUUAGGCAGAUAAUGACUGGUUUUGGUGAACUUGGCUACCUCAUGGAUUCCGACUCUGACUCUUCAGAUUCAAACCGUGGGGCCGCCACACCUGCUGAUCUGGCUGAAGCCCUCAACAACCCAGAUGCUCCUCCCGCCGCUGUUGCUGAUGUUGAUGAGCCACCGGCGGCUACGGGAAUCAGAGCAAGGACAGCUGAAUCUGAAAUUGAUGAGGGCCUUCCAACCGCUCCACCCCCCUCUGGGGGCAGGGCUCGGCCUAGACCCCCCAUCAGCCUGGAGGAGCCGAGCUCAUUGCCCUUCCUCCGUCUUGCCCACUUCUUCCUCCUAAAUGAUGACGACGAGGACCAGCCCCAAGGGCUAACCAAAGAGCAGAUUGACAACCUCUCAAUGCGCAACUUUGGUGAGAGCGAUGCCUUGCAGACUUGCAGCGUGUGCAUAACGGAAUAUGCGGAAGGCAACAAGCUACGAAAGCUGCCCUGCUCUCACGAGUAUCACGUGCACUGCAUCGAUCGCUGGCUCUCCGAAAACUCCACUUGCCCCAUCUGCCGCAGGGCGGUCCUGGUAUCUGCCAACAGAGAGAGUGUGGUGUAGCUUGUUAAAAGACUGUAGGCCUUUUGUCUCAACCUAAGUAAUCAAAUGUACCAAGUCCAAAAGAGGCUUUGAAUGUGUCUCCAAUGUUGAAAUGUUUUCCCUUCAUGCCAUAUGGGACUUUGAUCACAAUGCUUUCACAGGUUUGACUUGGGCUGCUCCAUACAGUGACCCAUGGACAUAUUCAGUCUUAAGACAUUUACUAUUGCAGUCCAAAGUUAGGCACAAGCAAUGCAUGCUGUUUGAAUCAACUUGUAGUGACCAAGCAGUCUGUUGCAUUGCAUCAAGCCACACAAGCAGACUGCUGUCUCUUAAAGAAUCCCCUGGUAAUAAAUACUGCACAUCUGCAGGUAGUUGCAGCACAUCUGCUCUUUUCUAUUGACUCUAAAUGGCGCCUUAUGUACCAGAGGUUGGGUAUUGGUACAGUUCUUAGUUCCACAAGUUCAAAGUAUUAGCUGUAAAUACGCUUGUAAAAAUAAGUUUCAAUCAUACUUUGUAUUAGUGAAUUUGGUUUUGAAUUGUAUAUCCUAUAAAGAUUAGGGUUGUUUUAGCCGCGAAAUACUCUCAGAAUUUGCUGUUGAACCGAUGGGUGAUAUUUGUGUACCCAGCAGAAAUAUUGAAAAUGUCCAAAGGAUGUAGGACACAAUUGGGUUUUCCAUUAACAGUGUGACUUGUGCUUUCCCUUUUUUGUUCACUUAAAAGAAACAAUCUACAGUUUUGAGGUGACAUUUUGAUUUUUGUACAGAAGCAGGAGAAAGAUGAGUCAAACCAGGCUAGUUUAUCUAAAGUUUAUUUUGGAAUCAUAGCAUCUUUAUUUUCUUGAUCAUUGAAACAAUUGAGUAGCAUUCUUUUCAGAAAUGAAAAAAUGACUUAAUAUUGGAUGUCAAUAUUGAGUUCAUAUCAAGUCGUUGGCAUGUAAAUUUACUCACCUCAAAAAUCCUCUCACGGGCAUGACAUGUAAAACAAUUUGAACAUAAGUGUUUCUCCCCAAAUGUAAAAAGAUACUUACUUUAUAAUGUACAACAAUGAUUUGCCAGUCAUCUAUUAUCUACUAGUCUGAUUCCUCCUUUUCCCACUAACAUAUUGGAUUGUCUUUAAUUGAUUGAACUAAGUUUUCCAAGAUGUCAUUUGUACUGAUUGAAAUGACUUCAAAAGAAAUGUCACCUACAACAAGAUCUCUUACCUGGAGGUCCGCCACAAUGUACACACGACAACGUUAUUUAUUAAAGGGUUUGAGUGUUGCACAUUUAUCAAUUCACACCGUUGCCCUUCUGUCAUAGUAAAGCUCCAGUAGAAGGAGGAUCACCCACUGGGACGCCUCCAGUCCCACGAGCAGAUAUCAGUGUGCAAUACAUGCUAUAGUGAAAUACAAACCAUGAUAUAAAUAUAUGCUAUUGUUAAAAAAAUGUUGUUAAUGGCUAAAAUCUUAAAUGAAGACUCAUUUCUCUUUUUAAAUGUGUUGAAGUUAUUUUGAAGUUCUGUAGGUUUUUAAUCACGCUGUUGAUCAGGGACACCGGCUAAAGUUAAGAAAGGGUCGUCACUAAUAACGCCAUCCUGUCAUGUUUCUUGUUCCACUGUUUGAUGUCAUUGCCACAGUUAUUACUUCCCUUGUGGGACAUAAAAGUUUCAAUGCAAGACAGCCAUUGUUGAAUAACAUAAAUAUGUAAAUGAAAUGUAUGUUCCCUCUUAAGCCAUUCUUUAGUUUGGGCCUUGUUCUGUGUCACCCAGUGCGGUAUGUUAACUGGGUGUUAAAUGAAACUAACCGCUGAAUUAAACAAGUUAUGCUACAAAA